GUGCAGUGCAAGAGUCACUCACACACACACAUCCACGCACACCUCCACGCACUACGAGAGAACUCCGCGCUUUGCAGGAUGGUUUGCAAGUAGGAGAGGAUUAAAAAAAGGCCAACACGAAGGGUCCGCACACAGGUGAGGCGAGAGCCAGGACCCGCCUGUCCAUCGGACGCGUUAACGUGCCUUGCUGCUGGACACCCUCGCCAACGACAAAAAGUUCCUCAGUACAAAUGAGGUUUCUUUGAGAGGAGAACCAAAGAAAAAGGGAAACUGAGAAGAAAAAGUGGGGGAGGACAAAAAAAGCGAGCGCACCCUGCCUGCUAUUUUGGCUGUAUUGUGGGCAGGGAGUGUCUCGUUUGGGAGUGACAGAAAAAGGACUUCCCUUUGCCGCCGCUCGCCUGACUGUGUAAAUACUGGAUAUCAAUUAGCCUAAAGCUCUAAGAUUACACUAAAAAGAGACUGCAGAAAGUUUACACCCAAACCAAACUUGUGGUUUCCUGAACUGCUAUACCUCUUCUCGCAGCUCUAAAAUCUUCCUCGAAAUGGAAUGAAGCUUUUUCUAAACUCUCAUUAGCGUUGAAAGCGACACGGGACCGACAACGGCACCCUGUAGAACGGCAGAAGAACAUCAAGCUUUGAUGUUUGUUCCAUUCUGUUGAAUCAGCAUGAAGCCGUUAACCCCAAUUGGAUCCCCGUCCCCUCUAAGGCUGCUUAACAAGGGCCCCGACUACCUGCGCCGGCAGAUUGACGGCGGAAGCCACGGACGCUCCGGUAGCGCCGUGGAAAGGCUGGAAGCAGACAAAGCCAAAUAUGUCAAGAGCCAACAGGUUAUCAACACCAAACAAGAGUCCGUGCUGGUCCCGUGCACCACCCCACCGCCGCUUCCUCGAAGAGCCUUUGCCAUACCCGGCAGUUUCAGCCCUCAGCUUCCCCCGCGCCGGUUAUCCAGUACCCCCUUCUCCACUCUGUCCAGAUCCUUCGACUCCAGAGAUGAGAAUGAAAACGACGACUCCAGAAAAGAGAACCGACGGACUUCCAUUGACGUUGAGGCUCACAACAGGAACAACGCAAACAACGGGAAGCCACCUAGUCCCAGGACACCGGGACUCCAGACCUUGGUGGCACCGCACAGUGCCCCCGUGCUUCGAAGGAGCACAGGCAAACGUAUGCUGAGGCCCGACUCGCUCCUCAUUUACCGCCAGAAGAAAGAGUGCAAGAGCCCCAAUGGUUCCGGUCUUGGGGAAAACACCAGCAUGGAACUGAAGGGCUACAGUUUCGUCCGUCGCCUCUUCCAGGGCUCUAUGAGGGAAAAGAGCAAUGGGGGAGACGGAAAUAUUCACAAGAUGGUCAUUGGUGAGGAGAAAACACCCUCACGAGAUGGUGACUCUCGCAUGUCAUGGACUAACGAUAAGAUAACAGAUGGUGGACCAGAGAGCAGGAGGUCCAGUAAGACAGACCAAGAGCAUAGUCCAGAGCCUAUGCCCAGUCCAGAGUUAAGCUUUACUAAUGAUGAGACCAGUGAUAGAUUUACCAAAAGUACCACUGAUGCAGACAACAAUCACUCAAGUCAACACAACGAUGAAAAUGACCCAUGGAGACGGGCGUCGCCACCGCCAGCACGCAGGACUAAGCUGCAUGGCUCCAAAUCAGAACUCCGCUGCUCCGUGGCCUCAUCGGAUCAGGAACAUUUCUUUGACUUUUGCGGCCUGGAUUUGGACAUGAUAGACCGCCUGGGCAGGCAGAAUUUCCUCUCCGGUGCCAGCUCCAUAGACACCCUCUCGCUGGCGCUGCGCAGCGUCACCGGUGACGAAGGCGGCGGCUCAGAAGCCAGCGAGUUCUCCCGACACUCUGGUGACGGGUUGUUCGAGGACGAGCUGGCCGAGCAGCCCCCCACUGGCGUUUCCAUCAUCGAGAGGAAUGCUCGGGUGAUCAAGUGGCUCUAUGGAUGUAAGAACGCUGCUCGAGAAGGACCCAAAGAGUCGACGGUUUGAUUCAGCGGGAAGAGAACAGUAUUGCAGAGUCUGGGAAUUGAGUUUUCUUUGACUGUUGCUCAUGGAAAAAACAAAGACUUCUUGCAGUUAACAAUUGUCAAACUAUUUAUGCAUACUAAUCUGUAAAUGUACAGAAUGGACAGUGGCGUCCUCUCUAUGAGCAGAACUGGAUUCUGAACUGGUUUCUAGGGGCACAUAACUAUAUAAGUGUAUGCUAGUCAUGACACCGCAGACACAGAUCGAUUCAAAGUGGAAGAACCACUAAGCUAUUUUUAUCUAAACUGGAAAACUGUGUGAAGUGAACCGUGUGUACCUCAAUCGGAAAAUGCCCCAGUUGAGUUUGUGUGUUGCCAUUUUUUUAUAUAUAUAUUUUUAACUCUUUAAACGCAGGCGUUGGAAUAAACAAGUGGGGCACCCCAGUGGGGUUGUUAAUGCACUGGAGUGGACACCGAGAGAAGAGAUGUACGGUAGCUUUGAUAGCUUGCUUUUGUGUACACUAUCCAACAUUUGUUUGCGUAAAGUCAUGGACCACAAACGCUGUGUUGCUUCUUCACAGUUGUACUUGCUGUAAACGAUUAACAACAUUUGAGUCAAACUUGUAAAAGAUGCAGGGGCUUACAGUAUAUUAUACACUAAAGAGCAACAAUAGCUAAAUGUAAAAGAUGCAGGACUGCAGCUGCUGUUCCCUGAUCAGAUGCACGUGGCGGUAAAACCAAAAGCUUCACAUCUUUUUCCACCACAGAUCCUACCUCACUUCAAUCCAUCCAUCACUGACUCAUCACUAUCUCCACCAAAGGUCACUUUUGUAGAACAGCGCUGAAAUCCAAACUGGGGGUCUUCCCAGCUAUGCAGGGGUUAGACUGAGAGUCUCACUUGUGACCAUCACUGAACCCGGGAUCAGAAAAUAGAAAAUAAAAUGACUCGCAGUAGUCUCCAAAUGUUAGAUUUGUUUUAUGUCCCCCUUGGAAAGCACAUGUGCAUUGUUUACUCUGGUAGUUUGUUUGUUUUUAAACACAUGAAUAUGAGACUUGUUAUUCCAAAGAGAUUUGUUUAUGAUGUACACAGCAAAUAAAUGAAAACAUGACAGA